AUGCAACGAGAAGUCCAACUGCGCAUUCCUUGGAGCCCGAUCCAGCUGCCACAUCGCAAGCCAAAGCUUUGGAGGUUGAUAAGACGACUCGUUGGCUUGCAAGAGGACCCAGACGCGGAAAUACUGUCUGGGAUGAUCAUAUCAUUGCGACAUGCGUCAGAAGCUGCUCUGGGACAGGGCUUGCGCAACACUGUCGCUAUCACGGCGCCUUGGAUGCGUCUCUGGCAAGACGACUGCCCCGGUGACAGCACGGUGAAUGAAGCCCUUCGAAUUGCCGGCCUGAAACCAGCGCCUCUAGGCAUUAUGCACCCAAUCUAUAUCAGCGAGACAAACGCAGUGCUUGCAGCAAAUGGAAGGAGGAUAUGUCAAGACCGCUGGUGCUACGGCGCCGAAGCCUCCCAUGAGGAUCCUUAUACUGAUGAUGUGGUGUACCUUAUCAGCUUCACCUAUCACUCCAUCUAUACCUCAUUUCAGUUUGCUUCCUGCUUCUUCCACGAUUCAUGUGAUAACAAAAUGGGAUUAAUUGAUCCCAAACUUGGUUUUGAUCGGAGAGACAACGCCAAAAACGGAGCAGCAUUUUGGCACAGUCUCAGACAAUAUCUCGUCAAACGCGUCAUCGAAUAUUCUAAACAUGGGCGUGACAUUCCUCCGACGAGCUACAUGGUCGUUUUGGCAGGAGAGGCUGCCGAGUCUGCAGAGUUUUUCAACGUGGUAGGUGAAGCGAUUGGGGACAUAAAAAAGCUUGCCACCAAGAGCAAGCCGACUCCGAAAAUCGAGCUGGUGCUCUCCAACCAUCCAGUUUAUGCGGCUGCCAGAGGAGCGGCGUUCUGGAUGCGGACGAGCUUGGAUCCGGCGUACUGCGAUGACUAUAUCGAGGAGGUGGAGCGAGAGGAGGGUCCACGGUCAGAAAAGCACGAAGCAAGUGACCACGGCCAUGGUGAGUUAUAG